GCGUCAACUAGCCGCCAUUUUACAUUAUCGGGACAGGAGUGAAAACCCGACCUACGCCGGGAAUCGUAGAUUUUUUUUCUUUUUUUUUUGUAACACCCUGAAAUCAGACAAAAUCAGCACCGUGCACCUUAGUGAACUAUCAAAUGAUGUCUGGAGACAUGGUGACUGAUCAAGUAAAUGGAAAUGGUACAGAAGAACCAAUGGACACAACUACAGUGGACACAACUGCAGCAGAAGUUAAACAUUCAGACCAUUUCCAGACUUUAUUAGACGCUGGUUUACCACAGAAAAUUGCUGAAAAAUUAGAUGCAAUUUACGUAGCAGGACUGGUAGCACACAGUGACCUAGAUGAAAGGGCUAUUGAAGCGUUGAAAGAAUUUAAUGAAGAAGGUGCUCUGCAAGUCCUGCUUCAGUUUAAGGAAAGUGAUCUGUCGCAUGUGCAAAACAAGAGUGCAUUUCUCUGUGGAGUAAUGAAGACUUACAGACAGAGGGAGAAGCAAGGGACCAAAGUUUCAGAUUCCACAAAGGGACCAGAUGAGGCAAAAAUAAAGGCUCUGCUUGAUAGAACCAGCUAUACACUUGAUGUGACAACGGGUCAGCGCAAGUAUGGAGGCCCCCCUCCAGAGUCUGUGUAUUCAGGUGCUCAACCCACUAUUGGAACAGAGAUAUUUGUUGGGAAAAUUCCUCGAGACUUGUUUGAGGACGAGCUGGUGCCGCUCUUUGAGAAGGCGGGACCUAUCUGGGAUCUACGUCUAAUGAUGGAUCCCCUUAGUGGCCUGAACAGGGGGUACGCCUUUGUCACUUUCUGCACUAAAGAGGCUGCCUCAGAGGCAGUAAACCUGUGUAAUAAUCAUGAAAUACGCCCCGGCAAGCACAUUGGAGUGUGUAUAUCUGUUGCCAAUAACAGGCUGUUCGUCGGCUCCAUCCCCAAGAGUAAAACGAAAGAGCAGAUGGUUGAGGAGUUUGCUAAAGUCACAGAGGGUCUUAAUGAUGUCAUACUGUACCAUCAGCCGGAUGACAAAAAGAAGAACAGAGGUUUUUGCUUUUUGGAAUACGAGGACCACAAAACUGCUGCUCAGGCCAGACGCAGGCUGAUGAGUGGCAAGGUGAAAGUCUGGGGGAACGUGGUUACUGUGGAAUGGGCAGACCCCAUCGAGGAACCCGAUUCGGAGGUCAUGGCCAAGGUCAAAGUUUUGUUUGUUCGAAACCUUGCGAACAGUGUUACGGAAGAAAUACUGGAAAAAUCCUUCGGACAGUUUGGUAGACUGGAGCGAGUGAAAAAGCUGAAAGAUUACGCGUUCAUUCACUUUGAUGAGAGAGACAGUGCAGUCAAGGCAUUGGCUGAAAUGAAUGGCAAAGAUCUAGAGGGAGAGCACAUUGACAUAGUCUUUGCAAAGCCCCCCGAUCAGAAGAGGAAAGAACGCAAAGCUCAGAGACAAGCAGCCAAAACAAACAUGUAUGAUGAUUAUUAUUACAACUACGGCCCCCCUCAGUUGCCCCCUCCCACAAGAGGCGGAAGGAGUAGAGGUGGUGGUAGGGGAGGGUAUGCUUACCCCCCUGACUAUUAUGGCUACGAGGAUUACUACGAUUAUUAUGGUUAUGACUACCACAAUUACCGUGACGGAUACGAGGACCCCUACUACGGCUAUGAUGACUAUCAGGCUCCCGCUAGAGGAAGAGGGGGCAGAAGUGCCUGGGGGCCAUCUCCAGCCAGAGGCCGAGGCGGUGCAGGCGCUUUCAGGGGCAGAGGUGGCUUCUCACCGCGUGGUGGUCCAGGAUCAAGCAGAGGAGGUGUACGAGGUGCCAGAGGAGGUGUGCAGCAGAGAGGCCGCGGCGGGGUACGUGGUGCAAGGGGUGGCCGCGGUGGAAAUGUAGGAGGAAAGCGCAAAGCUGAUGGGUACAACCAGCCAGAUUCCAAGCGGCGCCAGACCAAUAAUCAGAACUGGGGCUCUCAACCCAUUGCUCAGCAACCGCUCCAAGGUGGUGAUCGUUCUGCAGGGAAAAGAGGUCGAGGCCGAUCCUGACCUGUAACUAUGAAGACUGACCUGCUACUUACUGUAUGUGGGGGUUACACCAGGAAGCUGCCAAUGGAAGUGAUGGUAAGGUCAACUCAAUGGUCCAAUGAUAUUCCAGCCUUAAAGCAGCAUAUCUCCCAGAACUGCUACAGGAGAAGAUGAUCAAAAGAGAACUCAAAUCACUUGCUUGGACUUUUUUAUAUUAACCUGUCACCUUCCCCCAUAUCCCCAAAGAAUAUGCCAUUUUAAAUGACUGAAGAUGUUGAGAUUUCCCAGGAGACUCUUCAUCCUGAAAUGAAAUGUAAUUAUGUCUUUUGCACUUUGUCUAAGUUUGAAGUGGCUCAGAGGAGCUUGAUGCUAAUGUACAGUUGUGUGGUUAAUGCAGCUUUAUGCUGGAAUAGACAUGUUUUAAUCCUGUUUUGAUUUGGAUUGGUUUUAAGAGAAUGUUUUCAGGCGUAACCCCCUGGCAUAAAUAGUCAGGCAUUCCAGGAAGGUGGUUAUUUUCAGAAUUUAUUUUAAAGAGUUGGUUAACUACAGUGGUGAAAAAAUGUACUGAAUUGUCAUACUUGAGUAAAAGUAAAGAUAUGUUAAUUAGAAAAUGACUCAAAUAAAAGUGAGUCACCCA